GUAGUUCAAAACUGCCAACAAAAGAAACUAAAGUUCCCUUUUCUUGUCCAAUUGUCACCAAAUUGGACGUGUGUCAAACACGCUAUUUUAAUUAUUUAGUGUUAAGUUAAUAUUAAUUCAACAUGGCAAAGUUCGAUUUAACAUCGAAAAUGGGGCAAUACCUCGACCGGCAUCUUGUUUUCCCACUGCUGGAGUUUUUAUCUGCGAAAGAGAUAUACGAUGAAACCGAGUUACUUAAAGCUAAACUGGACAUUCUGAGUAAAACCAACAUGAUAGAUUACGCUAUUGACAUCAGGAAACAGUUGUACCCAAGUGAAGAAGUGCCCGAGGAACUAAAACAGAGACGUGCUCAUGUAUUGUCUCAGUUGCAGGAAUUGCACCAGGAAGUUGAGCCUAUUUUGCAAAUUAUGGCUGAUGAUGAGGUCAUGAAAACCAUGGAAAACAUGAGAGACUCUAAAACCUUGAUUAACUUUUUAUCAAAUGAUUACAAGUUUGAGCUGGACAUGAUUGAUAGUAUGCACAAACUGGCCAAAUACAGAUAUGAAUGUGGUAACUACUCAGUGUCCACAUCCUAUUUGUAUUUCUGCAUGUUGGUUCUCCCUGCCAAUGACAAAAACUACUUGAGCUCAUUGUGGGGUAAAUUCGCUUCCGAAAUUUUGAUCCAAAAUUGGGAUUCUGCUUUGGAAGAUUUAAACAAGCUGAGAGAAUACAUUGACUCUAGCCCCAAUCAGUUUGGGGGAAACAGUUUGCAAUUGCUUCAGCAAAGAACUUGGCUGAUUCACUGGUCGUUGUUUGUAUUUUUCAACCAUGCCAUGGGUAGAGAGCUCAUUAUUGAAAUGUUUUUAUACAGACCACAUUACUUGAAUGCCAUCCAAACUAUGUGCCCCCAUAUAUUGAGAUACUUGGCAACUGCUGUUAUUAUUAAUAGAGGCAGAAGAUCAGCUUUGAAAGAUUUGGUUAAGGUAAUCCAACAGGAGAGUUAUACUUACAGGGACCCUAUUACUGAGUUCUUGGAACAUUUGUAUGUGAACUUUGAUUUUGAUGGGGCCAGGCAAAAAUUGCACGAAUGCCAGACAGUUUUACACAAUGACUUUUUCUUGAUUUCCUGUUUGGACGAAUUCGUUGAAAAUGCACGUCUUAUGAUUUUCGAGACCUUCUGUCGCAUCCACCAAUGCAUUAGUAUAGGAAUGUUGGCAGAAAAACUCAACAUGAACCCAGACGAAGCUGAAUGCUGGAUUGUAAACCUAAUCAGAAAUGCCCGUUUGGACGCCAAAAUCGAUUCUAAACUGGGCCAUGUUGUCAUGGGGGCUCAACCUUUGUCUCCCUACCAACAACUCAUUGAAAAAAUUGAUUCUUUAUCGGUCAGGUCGGAGGCUUUAUGUGGAUUAAUCGACAGAAAACUGAAAGCCAAAGCGGAUAUUCGUUGGGGUAACCAAGAAUUCUGAAGUUAAUUUAAGGAUUUUUUGUAUAAGCUCCACAUAAAAUUAAAAGAAUUAAACAUUUUUCAAUCAUGUUAUUAUUUUUAUUAACACAUUAUUUAAUGGAUUUUAAUAUAAAUGGGAAUGUAUAAUAAUUUUUGUAAGUAAAUCAUUAUUCAUUUUAA